GUUGGUAUUAUUUAUUUAUUUUAAUUUUUAAUCGAUGCAAAAAUACCAUCUUUGUUUUCUUGAGGGAUUUACUUUUGAAAGGGGGAAAACAAAAAAUGUUAUUGCUUUCAUCUUUCAAAUGUUCUUUCUAAUUGUUUUUUUUAUUUAUUUGUUUUAUCUUUGGAGAACACGGGGUUGAAAAAUAGUUAUUAUAAGAAAGACUGCGAAUGUAACGGUUAAGGAGUGCAUGCUGUAGAUCUAAUUCUAAGGAAAGAUAGGUUUAGGAACCAAGUCAUUAUUUUGAAGAACGAGUGAAGUGAAAAGGUUUAUGGAAUAAUGAAUAUUUUAUUUAGGCUAAUUUAAGUAACGCAGAUUAUGUGGGUUACUGAAAGUUGGAAUGGAAACUUAUCAUUCAUCUAGGUCAUCCUAAGGGUUGGGUUGGAGUGAUUGAGUAUCCUAUUUCAAAGGGGGAGGACACUGAUCUCGUCAAAGGAAAAAAUGGGGAGUAAACAGGUCCCGAUUGACCUAGAUGAUUAUGAUGUGGGUCAGAAUUUGAAAGGUCCUGGUUCUGAAGAUUAUAGGUUAGAAAGACGAUGGAAGAGAAGGGAACUUUCAAAUAAACGUUUAAAGCCUUAUGAUUUUGAUAGUGAUACAAGGUCAAGUGUGAAGAGUAAACGUUUAAAGCCUUGUAAUUUUGAUAGUGCUACCAGGUCAAGUGUGAAGAGUUGUGGAAACGUGAUAUCUUUAACUAAGAAAAAUGUUCAUAUGCCAGAAGAUGAAAUGGAUGAAGAUUACAAAGCGUUUUUGGUUAAUUAUAAACCUGAUAUUGAUGUUGUGAGUGAUGAUAGUAAUAUUGAUGGUUCUAAUAAUGACAUCAAUAUUGGCCGCAACAGUGAUCAUGAUGAUCAUUCUGAUAGUGACUAUAGAACAUUCUUGGAUAAUUGUAGGGAAAUAAAAAGGUUGCAAAAUGAGUCCAGGUUAGACACUGAGAAUGUGAAGGGUUUGAAUCAAAGGGAUGAGACUGGAAAUCAAGGGAGUGAUUUGGUAAGAAGACAGACAAGUGCCCCAAUGAAAUCUCAGCAGAAUUUGGAGGGUAAAAGAGGAUCAAGUAAGAAAAAGCCUCGUGAAGAUAUUUCUGGCGUCCCCAGGAGCAAUGACAAUUGUUAUUCAGAGUUAGAUGAUGUGGAUGAAGAUUACCAGACAUACCUGAAUUCUUGUUGCAGAGAAGAUGACGAAAUGCCUACUGAAUUAAUACAAAAGAGGUCAAGUGUUGUGCAAAAUUCACAAGUUUCUGAUCAUGCAUAUGUUACUCCUGAAAUGCUGAGUGAUGUUGAUGAAGAUUAUCAACAAUAUCUGAAUUCUAUUAGGAUUGUUGAUGGCGAGGUGGAAUGUACGCCAGAGAGGAAUGAUGAUGAUGACAGCAAUUCCUCUAACUCAGAUCUUAUUGUUCUAGAGGCUAAUCAAAUUCAUGAAAAUACUCCAUUUGUUUCAUCUAAAGCAUACGAUCCAUCUUGGUUCCAAACAGAGAAGAAUCCCAGAGAUAACUGGCAAUUAUCUGGCAAAGCUCAUUCUCAGUUUAGGAGAAGACUUAUGAAUGAUCUUCAAAGGCCUUAUGACCAAGAAGAAUGUAAUAGGCUUCUUCAUGAAGUACGCCAGAAAAGGCAAAAGGAACGUCAUAUAGAAACUCGUCGAGGGGUGGUUAAGUCUUACCACACUAAGGGUGUCAACAAAUCAUAUCUUGAGAUGUACCCUGAUCUCGCAAAAGCACUUGUCCAAUUCAAACAACCAGAAAGGGUUUUGUUUCUCUUGCGUGGAUUUAUUUUCUGGUUGCAAAACUUGACCCACGAAGGAAUAUUUCAGCCUUGGCUUGAUCAAUUGUGUUUGGAGAGGUUACGAAAAAUGUAAAAAUGGAACCUUUCUAUUUCUAAGAUUUGGAAGCAUGAACUUAACUAACACAGUCAACAAAGUUUAUGUACAGUUAAAUCUAUCUUUGAACUCUGACUUAGAGAAGGAGAGAUUCCCAGAGUUGUGGUUCACAUUAGGAGUUCUUUCAGGAUGGAAGCACAUGUUAUAAGCUCAUUACUUAUUUUCAUUUUGUGCUAUACCCUUGAUUCUCUUUUUGUCUAUUUUUUAUUAUUCCAUUGAGAAGAUGAUGAUGGAGGGGAUUAAGGUGGCUCGGAAACAUAAUAUAUGCUUUCUAAACUAUUUUUACUGUUGAGCUGAAAUGCAUGAUAUCUUGUAUGCAUCAGUGUUUCUGAAAUAUCUUGUUUCUUGUGUUCAACACUUUAUAAUUUCUUGGAAA